AUGGCGCUGCCGCCAUCGACCAGCAGACCCACGCGGCCAACGACUAGCGGAUUCACGCAGCCGACCUCGAUGGCGCAGCGUGCGAAUAUGACGCCACUGGCCGAGUUGCAAAACUGGGCCCGCGAAGUUCGCUCAUCGCAGGGGACCCCCGUGCAACAAACGAGUGCGAAAAAGGAUCCGGUCGAGGAAGUGCUCGUCCUCAUGGAGGCUUGUUUCGACUCGUUAGUAAAUAAAAUGGUGGCCAAGAACGCGUCGAACGCGACCGCUCCACCUAGACUGGUCCACCCUAGCUCUACGGCGUUCGAGUUUCGUGAGGCUGUCCGGAAUCAGGCAGAAGCGAGCCCGUCCUACCGGAACGUCCAUUCGGGCUCGCCGGUGUACGGGUCCACGGCGGUGCACGAGCUCACCCGGAGCCAGCUAUCCGCGAGGCAGGCCGUCCCCCGCGAACUGCCGCCUUUCUCUGGUCGGCUUGAAGAUUGGCCAACCUUCCUCGCCACCUACGAGGAAACUACAAACUUAUGCGGCUUCUCACCCAGUGAAAAUGUGAUAAGGCUGAGACAGGCGCUCAGUGGAAGGGCGUUGAAAGCUGUAGAGUGUCGGCUGCGACGGGCCGAGGACUUGCAGGAGGCGCUGGCGUCGCUCAAGGAGAUGUACGGAAGGCCUGAGCAUCUCAUCGACACGCUGCUCGCAAAGAUUCGUCGCGCGCCGCCACUGAAGGAAGACCGCCUCGACAGCCUCCUCGACUUCGCCAUUUCGGUGGAAGAAAUUUGCGCCACAGUGAGAGGGAGCGCAGCGGAGCAUCGCUUCGACGGACCCGUGCUAAGGGAGCUCGUCGAGCUACUACCCUGGCACCUUAAGAUCGACUGGGGACGAUACUGCGUGUCGCAGCCGUCGAAGACGCUAGGUGAGUUCGGGAUCUUUAUGCGCCAGCUAAAAAGUGCCCUCCUCCACGUAGUGUCACCCUCACCCCAGCCGGUGGAAAAACGUGCCGCCCGUCAUGUAAGCGUGCACACAACCUCCGACGUGACGCCGAAGCCACCGAAAACCGCUGUAUCGUGCAUCUGCGACGACGGGUGCAAAACGCUGGUGGAGUGCUGGGGGUAUUGGCAGCUCGAGGUGCCGCAGCGUUGGACCCACGUGCGAAGUAACGGAAACUGUCGAUCGUGUUUGAAAAUGCACAAAGGACCGUGCAGGGACUCUAAACCAUGCGGCAGGGACGGAUGCACCGCGAAGCACCAUCGAUCGCUGCAUGAUGGCGCACGUCAACCCAACCAGCGCGAACAUGAAGCUCCAAAGUUAGUUGCCGGCAGCGCUACGGCCCAUCCCGUACCAUCGGAACGUAAGUCCUUUAACCUCCAUUCAACAGGUGCACCCACCGUGAUGCUCCGUUACGUGCCGGUGACGGUCUACGGGCACGGGAAAUGCGUCGACGUCCUAGCCUGUCUCGACGAGGGCUCCUCAAUAACGUUGAUGGAACACACGUUGAUGGAGGAACUGGGCCUGAAAGGGUCCCCCAAACCGCUCUGCCUCUCCUGGACCGGCGGACAAACGAGAGAGGAGGAAAGCUCAGCAGAACUUUCCAUCACCGUGUCCGGCUCCGGAAGCGCAGGCAAGCGCCACGAGUUGCCAGCAGUGCGCACGGUACGCAGCCUGGCCCUACCGCCGCAGACCGUCAACGAAAGGGAAAUAGUAGCACGCUACCAGCAUCUCAGGAGGGUGCCGGUGCAGUCGUACCAAUGGGAGUCCCCUCGAUUGCUUAUCGGUAUCGAUAACUACCGUCUUUCCUGCCCCCUGAAAACGGUAGAAGGAGCCCCUCACGAGCCGGUAGCGACAAAAACCCGACUUGGCUGGGUAGUUUCCGGCAUCUGCGCACCCAGCGCGCGUGGAAGUGACAGUACCUCAUUGUUCCUUCACCACGUCCCCUGUAGCUGUAACGACCUUGAACAACGAGUCGACGAAGCGAUGAAGGGGUCAUUCGCACUUGAAGAAGGAAGAGCGACUCGAACUCUGCGGUCCAAGGCAGACGAGCAAGCGUUGAACCAACUUAAGGCUAACACGAAGCGUAUUGGUGGGAGGUACGUGACUAGUCUGCUGUGGCGCUACGAGGAUACAAAGCUGCCUGGCAAUCGUUCGAUGGCUCUCCGCCGGCUAGACUGUCUGGAAAAGCGAAUGGUUCGUGACGAAACACUGCGUGGAUCCAUGAACCAGAUAAUAGAUGAUUAUAUAAAAAAAGGAUACGUUAGGAAACUAUCGGAAUCCGAAAAGAAAGUAAGCCACCCGAGGAAAUGGUACUUGCCCAUUUUCCCGGUUACUAACCCGAAUAAACCGCACAAAGUGAGAGUGGUGUGGGACGCAGCGGCGGCCGUUAACGGAGUAUCGCUCAACUCAACCCUACUCACCGGACCCGACCUGCUCGUACCGCUUUCGACCAUCCUGCAGAAAUUUCGGGAGUAUCGCGUAGCAGUGGCAGCCGACAUCACCGAGAUGUUUCACCAGGUGUGCAUCAGAGAGGAGGAUCAGCAUAGCCAACGGUUCCUGUGGCGGUGGAGCAACGAGCAAACAGACCCAGACGAGUACGUCAUGACUAGGAUGACGUUCGGAGCCGCUUGCUCACCAAGCUGUGCUCAAUACGUUAAAAAUGCCAACGCCGACAGGUUCGCCAACCAGUUUCCACGCGCCGCAAAAUGCAUACAGGAGGAACAUUACGUUGACGAUAUGUUAGCCAGCCUGGAGGACGCUGCCGAUGCAGUGAAGUUGUGUCGUGAUGUGGAAUACGUACACGGUGAAGGUGGGUUCCGCUUGCAUAACUGGUUGUCAAACUCAGUCGAGGUACGCGCAGCUGUUGGAGAAUGCGAGACUCAAGAAAAGCUCUUAAGCCUUGAGCACAGAGUGUCCGCGCAAAAGGUACUUGGCAUGUGGUGGGAUAUCGAAACGGAUACCUUCCGUUUCAAGCUGCCAAAACGAGACGAGGCGCUCUUGAAAGGAGUUACGGUUCCUACGAAGCGGCAGGUGUUGAGCGUCCUAAUGUCGAUAUUCGACCCAUUGGGAAUAAUCGCCGGGUUCCUUUUCUACUUGAAGGUGCUGCUCCAAGAUAUCUGGCGAACCAAAAUUGGAUGGGACACGAAAAUACCAGCUGAACUAGACGACAAGUGGAAAGAGUGGCUAGGUUGCUUACCUCAGCUAGAAGACGUGUCAAUUCCCCGGUGCUACCGGCAAUUAGUGCAGCUGAAUAGGUGCAAGAUACAGCUGCAUGUGUUUGUUGACGCUGGUCGAGACGGAUUUACCGCUGUGGCGUACUUCCGAUUCGAACAAGAAGGAACAGUAGAGGUCGCCUUAGUAGGUGGCAAGACGAGCGUCGCCCCCCUGAAAUAUUCAUCGGUCCCUCGUAUGGAGCUGCAGGCGGCUACUGUUGGAACCCGGAUCGCCACCAGUAUCGCUAAAGCACACCGCGAAAAAAUCACGGAGAGAGUCUUUUGGACGGACUCAAAGGACGUGAUCUGCUGGAUAAACUCUGAUCACCGACGGUACAGUACCUUCGUCGCGCAGAGAGUGGGAGAAAUUGCGGAAACCACCAAUACAGACGAAUGGCGUUGGGUUCCGACAAAACUCAACGUCGCGGACGAAGGGACAAAGUGGUCAAAGCUGAAGCACCAUCUAUCGAGCAGUAGCUGGUUCACCGGACCCACCUUCCUGAGUCAAGCAGAAAGUGACUGGCCGAGCCCCCACCCCGCUCCAGAAACCACAGAUGAAGAGAAGCGAGAAACAGUUGCCAUUCACGAAUCUUAUGAACCUCUGUUCGACGUGGAACGAUUCUCGCGCUGGUGGCGACUGAUCCGUGCUGCUGCUUUCGUCUGGCGGUUCAUCCACAACACCCGUAACCCGUCGUCACGGAGGAUCGAGCCGUUGACACCCGCUGAGCUGCUACUAGCUGAAAAGCCGAACGCCAAGUGA